ACUAUGACUAAGGGAUCGUCCGCAACAAGUGGGUCUCAGCCAAACUCCAAUGGAGGUGCUUACACGACACCCAGCUCUGGGACCAACAGCCAGGGCAAUCACUACUGCUCUCGUGACUACGGUGCGAGUGCGCCGAACCAGAAUAGUUAUCACUAC